UCCUCUCCUCUCCUCUCCUCCACCGCUCAGCUUACCCAUCCCUCGCCCACCUUCUCUAUAAAAUCUCUGUCGGCACAUCGUCCGAUCGAGCAGAGAACCAACAGUACAGUUCGAUUCAGCAGGCAACUCGAUCGAGCAAACAUCUCUGAACCUCUGAUCCCUUCUCGAAUCGAUUCCUCGUCUAUUCCAGAGCCCGCGCUCAGCUCGUCGGCGAGAUGGCGUACAUGCGCGUGACGCACCGCGACGAGGAGGGCAAGAAGGUGACGGAGAAGAUGCCCAUCCCGGAGACGCGCCGCCCGGACACGGCCAAGCACUUCGAGCGCAAGCUGGAGGAGCAGGGCUUCCACCGCCUCGAGCGCCACCCCGCCAACGCGCCCCGCGGCGUCGGCAUCGGCACCCCGCCGCCCAAGUCCGGGCGCGGCGGCAAGUACACCUGGGAGGGCCCCGGCGGCCUCGUCCAGGACGAGCUCGACCCGGCGCCGCCAGCCAUCGACCCCAAUGAUCCCAACUACGAGGAGGACGAUGGAGCCGUCGGGGCUGAGGAUGAUGCGGCCAAGGAGGUGGUCGUCGGGGAGGUGGAGGUCGCCAAGGUCGCCGAGGAGAGGGACGGCGUCGCCAGGGUUGACGUCGCGCCGCAGCUCCUCCAGGAGCAGAAGCAGUAGCUAGUUCCGGUUGCUUCAGUGCUCACUGCUCAGCUAGCUCAUCGUGGUGUGGGUUUUGCUCCGUGUGGAGCUAAUCAACUUGGGUGUGAACUGUGUUUUGGUGUACUAAUCGUCAAUCAAUAAUUGAAUGUGAAUUGAACUCCAAUUAACUCAUAAGU